AAAUAUUCUUUCUUCACUUAAAUACCUUGAGGAAAACAGACUCUAAAAACUACACGUAACAACAUAUAUUCAUGCAUUUCCUCGCAUAAACUGCGCGACUCCCUCACCAGUGAAACAACACCGGAAGCGGGCGGUUAAAGUGAGUGAGUGAGUAGUGAGAGGAGGGGUAGAAGCACAUGAAAAACUGCGUAGCCCACUGGUGCUUGAGAUAGACGGGGCAGAAAGGUUGCCUUUCUGGGUCGUGGACGCUAUCUGGAGCUUUGCUGUACUUUUAUGCGCAACGACAGCGGAUUUACACGACCAGUCGAGGUUUCCUGGGUUUCCUCUCCAGAAGUUCCUGUUCUUAGAUGGUAACAGAGAGCUAGAAAUAAGAGAGAGAAAAUGGCAGUAUGGAUCCAGGCCCAGCAGCUGCAGGGAGAUGCCCUGCAUCAGAUGCAGUCUCUCUACGGGCAACACUUCCCAAUAGAAGUACGACACUACCUGUCCCAGUGGAUAGAGGGCCAGCUCUGGGAUGCAAUAGAUUUAGAGAACCCUCAGGAGGAGAUUAAAGCAAAGCGUUUAUUGGACAGCCUGAUCCAGGAACUACAAAAGAAAGCUGAGCAUCAAGUCGGAGAGGAUGGAUUCUUGCUUAAAAUCAAAUUAGGACAUUAUGCUUCACAGCUAAAGAGCACAUAUGACCGCUGUCCCCUGGAGCUGGUGAGAUGCAUCAAACACAUUCUGUACACAGAGCAAAGGCUUGUCAGAGAGGCUACGAAUUCAAGUUCACCGGUAGGCGGGCUAAUGGACAGCAUGUCGCAAAAGUACCAUCAGAUCAACCAAGCAUUUGAGGAGCUCAGAAUAUUGACUCAAGACACAGAGAAUGACCUCAGAAAACUACAGCACAACCAGGAGUACUUCAUUAUACAAUAUCAGGAGAGCCUCAGGAUACAGGCCCAGUUAUCGAGUUUGGCCACACUGCCACCAGCAGACCGACAGUUGCGAGAACCCAGUCUGCUCAGCAAAAGAGCCACAGUAGAGGCCUGGCUGACCCGAGAGGCCAAUACCCUGCAAAAAUACAGACUGGCCCUGGCAGAGAAACACCAGAAGACGCUGGCAUUGCUACGAAAACAGCAGACGGUGAUUCUGGACGAUGAGUUGAUACAAUGGAAGAGACGUCAACAGCUGGCUGGCAACGGCGGACCUCCCGAGGGAGGACUGGACAUACUACAGUCCUGGUGCGAGAAGCUAGCAGAAACCAUUUGGCAGAAUCGUCAGCAGAUCCGGAGGGCGGAGCACCUGAGACAGCAGCUGCCCAUACCAGGCCCUAUCGAAGAGCUGCUCACCGAACUCAACGGCACCAUCACUGAUAUCAUCUCAGCUUUAGUCACCAGUACCUUCAUUAUUGAAAAGCAACCCCCCCAGGUGUUAAAAACGCAAACUAAAUUUGCAGCGACGGUGCGUUUGCUGGUGGGUGGCAAACUCAACGUACACAUGAACCCACCGCAGGUCAAAGCCACCAUUAUCAGCGAACAGCAGGCCAAAGCCCUGCUAAAGAAUGAAAACACCAGAAAUGACAGCAGUGGAGAGAUCUUGAAUAACAACUGUGUGAUGGAGUACCACCAGACCACAGGCACCCUCAGUGCACACUUUAGAAACAUGUCUCUGAAGCGGAUCAGACGCUCAGACCGCCGAGGGGCGGAGUCUGUUACAGAAGAAAAAUUCACCAUUUUGUUUGAGUCACAGUUUAGUGUUGGGGGAAAUGAGCUUGUAUUUCAGGUUAAGACUCUCUCUUUACCUGUGGUGGUGAUUGUUCAUGGAAGUCAAGACAACAAUGCAACAGCUACUGUCCUGUGGGACAAUGCGUUUGCUGAACCGGGACGGGUACCCUUCAUCGUGCCUGACAAAGUGUUAUGGCCGCAGUUGUGCGAUGCUCUGAAUAUGAAGUACAAGGCAGAGGUGCAGUCAAACCGAGGUCUGUCCGAGGAGAACCUCGUCUUCCUAGCUCAGAAAGCCUUCAGCAGCUCCAGCGUCAACCCAGAGGAUUACCGCAACAUGACCAUGACCUGGUCACAGUUUAACAGGGAGAGUUUACCAGGACGAAACUUUACAUUUUGGCAGUGGUUUGAUGGUGUUAUGGAAUUAACUAAAAAACAUCUGAAGCCCCACUGGAAUGAUGGGGCGAUUCUUGGUUUUGUGAAUAAGCAGCAGGCUCAGGACAUGCUGAUGUCCAAACCCAAUGGCACCUUCCUGUUGCGCUUUAGUGACUCAGAAAUAGGAGGCAUUACUAUAGCCUGGGUGGCGGAGAACCCCAAUAAAGCAGGAGAAAGAAUGGUGUGGAACCUGAUGCCGUACACAACCAAAGACUUCUCCAUCCGAUCUCUGGCCGAUCGCAUCAGCGACCUGAACCACCUGCUAUUCCUCUAUCCCGACCGACCCAAAGACGAGGUCUUUUCCAAAUACUACACCCCUCCGCUGUCUAAAGCUGUGGAUGGAUACGUCAAACCACAGAUCAAACAAGUAGUACCAGAGUUUGCGACACCUAAUCCUGACCCCGCAGCAAACCCCACCUACAUGGACCACGCGGCGUCUCCAGCUGUCAAUCACCAGCCUAACUACGGACUCUAUGCUCCUAUUGGUGACACCAUGCUGGACGCCGAUGGCGACUUUGACCUGGACGACACCAUGGAUGUAGCGAGACACGUGGAGGAACUUCUCCGUCGACCAAUGGAGGGCCAGUGGAGUGGCCAACAGUCACUACCGGGAGAGUUCACGAUGGCUGAGCCGCAGACUCCCGAAUCUUUGGCGGGACCCUUAUACGAGCUCGCCCCUGAGGCGACUACUCCGACCCGGGACGUGGCGGAGGCAGCGGCGGCGAUGAGCAUCAGCGAUACCUACACUCCGAGGACGCGGGCAUACCUGGAGGUGUCUGCGGCCACCUAUGCUGGUGGGCAUCCGGUGCACGGGGCCGAGGGAUUGUACUCUAACGGACGGUACAGGGAACACGGGAGCCCACGGAUCGGUACCAGGAAUCGUGAUAGUUCUGCAGAGAGGUGCACCGGCACCGGGAAUCCACCUUGCGGUAUUAUGAAGGAUGGCUCGAAGCAGAGGCAGGUGAGAAAGAAGACAGUCUCCUUCAGCUCCAUGCCAAAUGACCGUAAGAUGAACAGCACAGCCGCCUGCAUGGCUUUUAUGAUGGAAGGCUGCGAGAUGAAGAAAGUUCGCUCCAAUUCUCGCAUGUACAGUCGUUACUUCCUGUUGGACCCUGACAUGCGCUGGCUUCGCUGGGAACCGUCGAAGAAAGACUCAGAGAAGGCCAAGCUUGAGAUCAAGAGCAUCAAAGAGGUUCGAUUGGGUAAGAAGACACCUGUCCUGCGCAGCAACGGACUCUCCGAUCAGUUCCCGGAUGAGUGCGCGUUCUCAAUAAUAUACGGAGACAACUAUGAAUCGCUGGAUCUGGUUGCAAGCACAGCAGACAUGGUUAGCACCUGGGUGAUGGGACUGCGGUACCUGGUGUCAUAUGGGCGACACAUGGUGGGCGUGGUCGAACCCAGUCAACCCAGCUUGAGAACAUCCUGGAUCGGUUCGGUGUUCGAGCUUGCUGAUCCAGAAAGACAAGGAUACAUAGACUUAUUUCGUGCCACCCAAAUCAUCAAGGGACUCAAUCCUGGCAUGCGAGAAUCUCGCAUUGAGCUUAAGUUUAAAGAGCUACAGAAAGCCAAGGACUGCUAUGGUGAAGGCAUUGAUUUAGACACAUUUGUAGAGGCUUACUGUGAACUGUGCACACGCCCUGAGAUCUUUUUCUUGCUGGUGCAGUUUUCCAGCAACAAAGAGUACCUGGACUCCAAGGACUUGAUGCUAUUUGUGGAGGUGGAGCAGGGAGUGGAGGGAGUCACAGAGGAAAUGUGUCGGGAGAUUGUGCGUAGGUACGAGCCCUCAGCUGAAGGGCGUAACAACAGCUACUUGUCCAUAGAUGGCUUCACACACUACCUCUUGUCGUCCGAGUGCCACAUUUUUGACCCACAGCACAAACAUGUUUGUCAGGACAUGACACAGCCCCUUUCACACUACUAUAUCAACUCUUCCCAUAAUGCGUCACUUUUGGAGGACCACUAUUGGGGCUCGUCAGACCUCAGCAGUUAUGUCCGUGCGCUACGCAUGGGCUGUAGAAGUCUGGAGGUGGUGAUCUGGGAUGGCCCAGACUGUGAACCUGUGGUCUAUAUGGGUAGUUCUGUUGCCUGCCAGCUGCCGUUCUGUAAAGUUCUAGAUGUCAUUAACCAGUAUGCCUUUGAAAGCUCAGAGUAUCCACUGAUUCUCUGUCUGGUGACACACUGCAGCGUUCCCCAGCAGAGAGUCAUGGCUCAACACAUGAAAAAGAUCCUUGGGGACAAACUGCACACAGAGUCUCCUAAUGCGGAAGAUCUCUACUUGCCCUCCCCUGAGAAUCUUAAAGGAAAAAUCCUCAUUAAAGGAAAGCGUCUGCCUCCGGACUCACAGGAGUCUGAAGGGGAGGUAACGGAUGAAGACGAGGGGUUCGAGAUGUCUAGGAGAAUGCUGGGUGUAGAUGACAAAGACCAGAUUAAUGGCAUUGGCUGCAAACGGUUACGGCUUUGUAAAGAACUGUCAGAUCUGGUAACCCUCUGCAAGGCUGUGCAAUUCCGUGACUUUGAGACGUCUAAACGGGAUCAAAGGCAUUGGGAGAUUUGUUCUUUCAAUGAAGUCAACGCCAACCGCUUCGCCAAUGAGUUUCCGGAAGACUUUGUGUCUUAUAAUAAGCGAUUUCUGUCACGAGUGUACCCCACACCUAUGCGCAUUGAUGCUAGCAACAUGAAUCCACAAGAUUUUUGGAAGUGCGGUUGCCAGAUUGUGGCCAUGAAUUACCAGACUCCAGGGUUGAUGAUGGAUUUGAACCUCGGCUGGUUUAGGCAAAAUGGAAACUGCGGCUACGUCUUGCGUCCGGCAAUAAUGCGUGAAGAGGUGUCAUAUUUCAGUGCCAAUGCCCGUGACUCACUUCCUGGAGUGUCAGCCCAGCUCCUCCACAUCAAGGUGAUAAGUGGUCAAAACCUACCAAAGCCGCGGGGUUCUGGUGCCAAAGGCGAUGUGGUAGAACCGUACAUCUAUGUGGAGAUCCAUGGAAUUCCUGCGGACUGUGCAGAGCAACGCACUAAAACUGUCUCGCAAAAUGGCGACAAUCCCAUUUUUGAUGAAAGCUUUGAGUUCCAAAUCAAUCUUCCUGAAUUGGCUGCUUUGCGUUUUGUUGUCCUUGAUGAUGACUACAUUGGCGAUGAGUUUAUCGGCCAGUACACCAUUCCUUUCGAGUGCCUGCUUCCUGGUUACCGACAUGUUCCACUGCAGUCACUUACCGGGGAGUUCCUGCCCAAUACCACAUUGUUUGUUCAUGUCGCCAUUACAAACAGGCGAGGUGGGGGAAAAGCCAAUAAGAGGGGUCUCUCUGUGAGAAAGGGCCGCAAGACAAGGGAAUACACCUCCACCAAGACCACAGGGAUCAAAGUGGUAGAUGAGCUCUUCAGGGCAUCAACUCAACCUCUACGGGAAGCAACAGACCUAAGGGAAAAUGUACAGAAUGCAAUGGUGUCGUUCAAAGAGCUCUGUGGCCUCACUCCGGCAGCUAACAUGAAACAGUGUAUCUUGACUGUGUCGUCCUGGCUAAUGAAUAGCGAGCGGAUGCUACGUGUGACAGUGGAUCUGAGCGAGACCUAUCCCAUCAUGGAAGCUCAGGGUCCCGUUCCAGAGCUGCUGCGCAAAGUGCUCACCGCUUACGACACGAUGAUCCAGACAAGUCGCACGCUGAUCGAAUCAGCCGACGGCGUGUACUCCAAACUCACACAAGCACAGCGAGCAGGGUUGGACUUUCACGAGGACCUGCAUCGGAUCGGGGCAAGAGAAGGCCUGAAAGGAAGAAAGUUGCAGAAAGCCAUGGAGAGUUACGCUUGGAACAUCACAGUGCUGAAGGGCCAGGCGGACCUGUUAAAGCACGCAAAAGGGGAAGCAAUGGACACUUUGCGACAGAUCAACUGUGCUGCUCACUCAUGUGGCCUAGCCAAGAACGGAGCCUCAACGUCCCCUGCCUCACCCCUGCUGCCGCCCCACGCUCGCCCCCUUCACACCAUCCAUGAGAAUGAGACCAACAACAGCACCUUGCACUGAGACACUGAGAGAUAGAGAAAAUGAAAGAGAAAAAACGAGAGAGUGUAGUUUUUUCUGUUUACCUAUGUUUGAAAGCAGGUGGUCUCUAUAGACCAGGAUAAGGGAAUAGGGCAGCAAACCGAGUCAGGUCCGUCAAGGACACACGGGAGAUAGGUUGACUUUGAUCUGCUUGCAUUUCUCUCUUCCUGGCUCUCCGAUGCCUGCUGGGCUCAGGUCUUAAAUUGGCUUCCCCACCAUGGAGUACUGUUUGAAUGGAUUGAAAUGGUCCGCUCUCCUGUGGCAGGGCUGCCCUUGAGUAAUAACUGUGAUCACAUCAGGCUAAAUGAUGUCUGUUAGUCAAGAAUCCAAUGAAGUACAAUCCCCAAACUAGUCGUAUUCAACAACUAUGGCCGUAUGCAAAGUACAAUACUGAAAACUAAUAACAAUAGAUAAACUGACUGAUCUUAAAAUGGAAGCUCUCUCACUCCCCCUGCUGGCCCUUCCACAAAUUUCUGACAAAUAUAGAACCCAUCAGCUUUCACUAGGGGUCAUGUACGUGAGUGUAUAUGUAUAUAUAUGUAUGUGUGAUGCGUUUAUGAUGUAUUUGGAAUAAGGAAAUGUGAAUUAUGUUUCUAAACUGGAAUAUGUCCCAUUGAGAAAGACUCAAUUGGGAAGAACCUCUGGGAAAACACGGAUCUCAGCUGAUCUGACAAGCAAAUAAAUAUUUCAAUAAAUGAAGAAUUAAUCAUUUUAAGACAAAGUAGAGGACACUUUACCAUUUCAUUAUGAACACUUCACUCCUAAUAAUACAUGCUGUUUAUGAAUAUUCUGAAUAUUGUUAUUACUGCUGUUAAUAUUGUGUGGGUAGGUGUUAAUUAAAGUGGAGGUUAUUUUAUAUUUGCAGAAUCCAUCGACAGGUCUCAUUCUGUACCAGUUGUUCACUGGAAGAGGAAAUGUGAGUGGUGGGAAAUAAAGGAGGGUGGUAUAUUACUGUCAAAUUAAUGUCAAAUAAUGUUUUGAUGUUACAUAAAAGCUGAA